AUGAGAUUGUCCAGGAGCACGUCGAACAGCCCCGAGAAGAAAAAGUCACCGACGUUUCUAGGCAAAGAGGAAACCCAUAUAAUCAAUAGCGACAAUUAUAACUACAACUUAAACACCAACAACGGGAACGAAGAAGAGUACAAACACACAACCGACGAAAAACUGAGCAACAUUAUAAACCGCAACUCGAAUAACAACAAAUCCCCCGACACAACCACUAAAAUAAUAACAAAUGACAUCUACAACAUAGAUACAACCGACUUGGUUCUCAUCGACAACUCCACCAACAACAUCAUAAAGUUAGAGAACUUCAAGAAAGUGGAUAUCUUUUCCAACAUAAACGAUAACUUCAACACGUCGACAAACUCCCUGAAUUCCGAGAAUCUAUCAUCCCCGAUGCAAACGAGCACGGACGUUUACUUGGAUUCGGAGAUACUAUCCACCGACUUAGCCUCGAACGACUCACAAAGCCCCAAAAACCUCCAGACGGAGACCAACCCGCAGAAAACGAACUUCGACUACGAAACCAACAUACUGGAAAUAGAAAAAGUGGACGAGUUGUUCGACGAGCCCAAGCUGUACGCGUCUAAUGACUCCCUGUCCAACCCAAAAAGCGACCAGAGCCUCUUGAACUCAGUGGAGAGCUGCGGCAGUUCUCCCUUGCACAAACCGAACCGGGAGUACAAAAAGCAACGGAAGCACAAGAAGAAGUACUUCGGAGUCAAAACGUUACAAAGCAUCUUCAACAAGCACGACGGCUAUUCCGAUAUUUCCACCACGGCCUCGGAACUGGGAGACGAGCCCCCUCUCCUAGUCGAUACCCAUGACGUUAAGCCUAGAGACGUUGAAAACAAAACGGAACCUACAGACAAAGCCACGCUUGUCAAGUGCAAUUCGGUCUACGCCCCGGAAACCAGCACCCAGUUCGAAGAAAAUAUACACAACCUCCUCUCCGACAUAUUUAUAAAGAAUUUCACGAACGUCGCAGACCAGCCGGCUUCCAACGUUUCCAUAAGUAAGCCGACCGGUACAAAAAAGUACUUCUCGCUCCACGGGCAGAACCUCAGAGUCGGCAAGGCCUUGAGACUGUGCCCGAACGAAGACUACACCGAAGUGCUGGAGAACGAACAGAGGAAGGAGAAGCUCCUCGCGAGAUAUGUUUAUAACGCUAAUUCGCUUAACGCAGACGGGGUGGGUGACCCCGACUUUGGUACGCCUGUUUAA